GUUGUCCAGAGAAACAUCAGCUCUCCUCCCACAGGAUUAUGAUUCUCCCAACUGUGCACCAGAGACUCUGGACUAUAAUGGCAUAGAUGCCACCAAAAGAAAAGAAGGAAGGAAUCAAUUUUUUGGCAGAUACGGAGCUGAGUCUUUGUGAAGAAGCUGAAGGCCUUUCUGGAUCAAUAAUACCAUUUUCUGGCUGCAGAACUUCCACAUCCACAUCAGUUGGCAAAGCCCUUUGGGAAUCAUAAUGAUUUUUUCCCGAUACCAGACAUUCAGAUUCAUCUGGCUUGCCAAGCCAGCUGGCCGGUACCUUCACAAAGAUCACCAGCUUUGGUCACCUCUGACUCUUGCUGACUUUGAAGCCAUAAAUCGCUGUGAGAAGUCACUGCCUAAGAACUUUAACUUUGCUGGGGAUGUGCUGGACCAGUGGUCCCAAAAGGAGAAGACAGGAGAGAGACCAGCCAACCCAGCCCUGUGGUGGGUGAAUGGCAAAGGGGAUGAGGUGAAAUGGAGCUUUGAAGAACUGGGCUCCUUGUCCCGAAAGGCUGCCAAUGUGCUCACCAACCCCUGUGGCCUGAAGAGAGGAGAUCGAGUGGCCGUCAUUCUGCCUCGUAUCCCAGAGUGGUGGCUUAUAAACGUGGCUUGUAUGCGAACAGGGCUGGUCUUCAUGCCAGGAACAACCCAGCUGAGAGCAAAAGAUAUUCUCUAUCGGCUUCAAGCAUCCAAGGCCAAGUGUAUUGUGGCCAGUGAAGAGGUGGUCCUGGCAGUGGAGUCCAUCAUCUCAGAAUGUCCUGACUUGAAGAGCAAACUCCUGGUGUCUCCACAUAGCCAGAGUGGGUGGCUCAGCUUCCAGGAAUUAUUUCAAUCUGCCUCUGCGGAGCACAACUGUGUGGAGACAGGCAGUCAAGAACCAAUGGCCAUUUAUUUCACCAGUGGGACCACAGGCUCUCCCAAGAUGGCCCAGCACUCUCAAAGCAGCCUCGGAAUUGGGUACGCCCUCUGUGGAAGGUAUUGGCUAGACCUGAAGUCCUCAGAUAUCAUGUGGAAUAUGUCUGACACUGGCUGGAUCAAGGCUGCCAUUGGCAGUGUGUUUUCAACCUGGCUUCAGGGAGCGUGUGUCUUUGUACAUCGGAUGGCCCAGUUUGACACUGACACCUUCCUAGAUACUCUCACCACUUACCCCAUCACCACCCUGUGCAGCGCCCCCACUGUGUACAGGAUGCUUGUGCAGAAAGACCUGAAGAGAUAUAAAUUCAAGAAGCUACGGCACUGCUUGACAGGAGGGGAGCCACUCAACCCGGAGGUGCUGGAACAGUGGAAGGCCCAAACUGGGCUGGAACUGUAUGAAGGCUAUGGACAGACAGAAGUGGGAAUAAUUUGUGCCAAUCAGAAAGAACAAGAAAUUAAACUGGGCUCAAUGGGGAAAGGAGUACUACCCUAUGACGUCCACAUUAUAGAUGAAAAUGGCAACAUCCUACCACCUGGCAAAGAAGGGGAAAUUGCCCUCAGACUAAAGUCUAUGGCCUUCUGUUUCUUCUCUGAAUAUGUGGACAAUCCAGAGAAAACUGCUGCUACAAUAAGAGGGGAUUUUUAUACCACUGGAGACAGAGGAGUGAUAGACAGUGAUGGGUAUUUCUGGUUUGUCGGCAGAGCUGAUGAUGUCAUCAUAUCCUCUGGGUUUGUGCAUUUGCCACUCUUAGAGAACACCGACUCGGGGCCAUUUGAAGUGGAGAGUGCACUAAUUGAACACCCAGCUGUUGUUGAAUCAGCUGUUGUCAGCAGUCCAGAUCCAGUCGGAGGAGAGGUAGUGAAAGCUUUUGUUGUCUUAUCUGCACCCUUUAUUUUUUUCAACCCAGAGAAAUUAAUUCUUGAACUUCAGGAUCAUGUGAAAAAAUCAACUGCACCUUACAAAUAUCCAAGAAAGGUGGAAUUGUUCCAGAACUCCUGAAGACAAUCACCGGGAAAUCAAACGCAAUGUUCUGAGAGACCAUGAAUGGGGUCGAACAUAGCCCAAUAAGCAACUAUAGCAUUAAAUAGUUAUAGACUUCUUUUUAGUCCUUGCUUCCUGCUGAUUUAGAGACUACUCUCUUGCAAUGCUGAAGGUUUUUCCAGGUUGAAAAACUCAAUUUUUUGUUCUGUACUUAGCCAAAAAUUAUAUAAAUAAUAAUUCAAAAAUAUUUGGGAAAAAAAGUUAUGAUGACCAAACUGACAAAGGCAGUGAUUUUAUUGACCUACAGUGUUUAAAAUAGCAAAUGAUUACUUAGAAAAGCACAGUGGACAAUGAAUUUAUCUUGUGCCUGAUUAAGU